AGUGGACAAGUCCUUCACCCCUCGCCGGAGUGUGUGGAGGAGUGAUGGGCAGAACCAGCGCUUCCCUCAGGCAUUAGACCUGCCACGCACGGACUUGGCUCCCCUCCAGCCUGCUUCACUCUACCCCAAGAACACAGAUCUGUUUGAGAUGAUUGAGAAGAUGCAGGGAAGCAGGAUGGAUGAACAACGAUGCGCCUUCCCACCACCCCUCAAAACGGAGGAGGACUACAUUCCCUACCCGAGCGUCCAUGAGGUCCUAGGGCGAGAAGGACCUUUCCCCCUCAUCCUGCUGCCCCAGUUCGGGGGCUACUGGAUUGAAGGCACCAACCACGAAAUCACCAGCGUCCCGGAGACAGAGCCGCUGCAAUCACCCACGACCAAGGUGAAGCUCGAGUGUAACCCCACAGCCCGCAUCUACCGGAAGCAUUUUCUUGGCAAGGAGCAUUUCAAUUACUACUCACUGGACACUGCCCUGGGCCACCUUGUCUUCUCACUCAAGUAUGAUGUCAUCGGGGACCAGGAGCACCUCCGGCUGCUGCUCAGGACCAAGUGCCGGACACACCAUGAUGUCAUCCCCAUCUCCUGCCUCACUGAGUUCCCCAAUGUGGUCCAGAUGGCAAAGCUGGUGUGUGAAGAUGUGAAUGUGGAUCGCUUUUACCCUGUGCUCUACCCCAAGGCUUCCCGCCUCAUCGUCACCUUUGACGAGCAUGUUAUCAGCAAUAACUUCAAGUUUGGAGUCAUAUAUCAGAAGCUUGGACAGACCUCUGAGGAAGAGCUCUUUAGCACCAAUGAGGAAAGCCCCGCCUUCGUGGAGUUUCUCGAAUUUCUGGGCCAGAAGGUCAAACUGCAGGACUUUAAAGGGUUCCGAGGAGGCCUGGACGUGACCCACGGGCAGACGGGGACCGAGUCUGUGUACUGCACCUUCCGCAACAAGGAGAUCAUGUUUCACGUGUCCACCAAGCUGCCCUACACAGAAGGGGACGCCCAGCAGUUGCAGCGAAAGCGGCACAUCGGGAACGACAUUGUCGCUGUAGUCUUCCAGGACGAGAACACACCCUUUGUGCCUGACAUGAUUGCAUCCAACUUCCUGCAUGCCUAUGUGGUGGUACAGGCCGAGGGCGGGGGGCCUGAUGGCCCGCUCUACAAGGUCUCUGUCACUGCUAGAGAUGACGUGCCCUUCUUCGGGCCCCCCCUUCCGGACCCCGCUGUGUUCAGGAAGGGGCCUGAGUUCCAGGAAUUUUUGCUGACAAAGCUGAUCAAUGCUGAAUAUGCCUGCUACAAGGCAGAGAAGUUUGCCAAACUGGAGGAGCGGACACGGGCCGCCCUCCUGGAGACGCUCUAUGAGGAACUGCACAUCCACAGUCAGUCCAUGAUGGGCCUGGGCGGUGACGAGGACAAGAUGGAGAAUGGCGGCGGUGGCGGUGGCUUCUUCGAGUCUUUUAAGCGGGUCAUCCGGAGCCGCAGCCAGUCCAUGGACGCCAUGGGACUAAGCAACAAGAAGCCCAAUACCGUGUCGACCAGCCACAGCGGCAGCUUUGCCCCCAACAACCCCGACCUGGCCAAGGCAGCUGGAAUAGUGAGUGCCCCCCCAAGCAGGCCUCAGCUCUCCCCCACCUCCGAGGCCUGCCCCCCCAUUGCUCUGCUGUCUGAGUGCCCAUCCUGGGUUCUAGACUCAGUCUAGCCACUGUUCUCCCUG